AUGGCGAAUAUCCAGCUCUCAGGCCCAAUCCCCUCCGCUAUGCUGACGGCACAGCCGGAUACCGCAUCUCUUAAAGACAGCAUCGUCCUCAUCCCAGGCGGGGCCCAGGGGCUCGGCGCGAAGAUCGCCAGGCAGUGUACCGCAGCCGGCGCUCGCGUAACCAUCACUAACAUCAACGACACCAAAGGCCAGGACCUAGCAUUAGCCCUCAGGACCAACGUCCAGUUCGUCCACUGCGACGUGACCAGAUGGUCGGACCAGGUUCAGGCCGUGAAAGCCGCCAUCCGCUUCGCCCCGGGCGGCGGAGGAUCAGCGGCAGCCCCAACCCUCGACUACUUCGUCAUUAACACCAGCAUCAUAGACAAGCCCUUCUUUCUUACCAACAACCUAAGAAUUAUAAACCUAGACAGUAAGGACCCACCCAAGCUAAACACACGGCCUAUUAACGUUAACAUUAAGGGCACUAUAUUUAACCUAAAGCUAGCGCAGCUAUAUAUAACCUUCCCUCCUAUUAUAACUAUAUAA